AAAAAAAAACCCCCGCACUCUAGUACUACAAUCUGCAGAGUCUACUUACGUAGUAGCUUGCGCCCGGCGUUCCGAACUUCGAAAUUACCAUUAGUCAUUGCUCGUUCACCAUGUCGACUACUACAGCCAUGUCGUCGUCGUCGUCGUCGUCGCCAACACCGACAACCACGUACCCCUAUUCCUACACGACCUUCACCAACACGGCGCCAAGCCCCUUCACCACCCCCUCCAUCGUGCCCUCCAUCUUCCCACUCGGCCCCGUCCCCAGCUGCCCACCUCCCUCUGCAUCAUCGUCCUCAACUCCAAAAGCGCCCUUUGAACUCCCGGCUGCCCGCCAAGGCGGCUGCACCAUCAGCAACGAUGCCACCGUCAACGACCACGCCUUCUGGGACAUGUAUGCGUGCUGCAAGCCCAGCAGCAUAACCCCCGUCGGCAAGGCCCUGCCCUGCAGCAUCAUGUGCGCUGCCGACGCGACCCACAGUUUCCUGGAAAUCGGAGACUGCCUUAGCAAACGCGUCCCGCUCGUCGUGUGCAGCCCGCCCGAGGCCCAGAGAGGCGAGCCGCAAAACAGUCAGAGUGAGAGUAGGAGCAGUGCGAGUGCCAGUGCCACCGGCUCUAAAACGGAAAGCGCCGCGCCGAGUAAGACGCAGACGCAGACCGAGUCCAAGACCGCGAGUCCAGUGCCCCCAGCUGCUACCGGUGCAGCGAGCUCGCUUGUGGGCGGCCAGACGGCGGUGUCCAAGGCGGGGCUGAUGCUGUUUGGACUGGUGGCCAUGACGUCUGUAGCGGGCAUGUUGGUGUAAUCGUGAAGUACGUAGCAAGAAGAGUGGGGGGAGGGGAGGGGUGUUGGCUCAUGUGUAUAGUCCCUAGAAUCGUCAUCAUCAUCCUGUUCACAAUCGAGUAGCAUAACCUGC